GCAGAAGUUUAGAAAGACCCGCGCGACUGGAGCGCAGCGGCUCAGUUUGACGCAGAAAUGGCUGCGUUUCCUGCGUUUUUACUCUUUUUCACAGCGUUCACGCUUCGUUUGACUCUAACAUCAUGCAUGGAGGUAGAUUUCUGCAAACCUUUUUGCCUUCAGCAUGAAAAGCAUCCGAAAGGAGCGCGUGUUGGUUUCAAACUGAGGGCAUUCAGACAGGACUUCUACCUCCACCUCACACCAGAUUCCACUUUCCUGGCCACUGGCGGCAGAUCUGCAGCAUCCAGGGCUUCAUCUGGCCUCAGGGAAUGCUUCUACUCCAGGGACGUUAACGCAGACCUGGACUCCUUUGUGGCGGUCAGCCUGUGCGAAGGUUUACGGGGGGGCUUCACCUAUAAAGGCAUGGAGUAUAUCAUCACUGCAAGCACCGAGGACACAGCAGCUGAAUAUGGACACAUUUUGGAAAAAACGCACAGGAUCAGCCGCAGAAUGAGCUCCAGGCAUCCAGGGGCCAACUUCCCCAGCAGGUGUGGAGUCACACCCGACACUAACUUCAGCGUUUCCAUGGAGAAAUACAAACACCUGGAUCAGCUGGACGCCGGUGGCUUCAUGGAAAGCGUGCUGAAAUCCCUGGGCAGGUCCAAGAGGGUCGUGUCCAUCGCCAGGUUCGUGGAGGUGGUGGUGGUGGCGGAUCAGUCCAUGGCUGCAUUCCACGGGGUUGACCUCGAGCAUUACCUCCUGACACUUAUGUCAGUGGCAGCCAGGCUGUAUAAACACCCCAGCAUACUGAACUCCAUCAACAUAGUGGUGGUGGGGUUCAUGGUGAUAAAUGAAGCUAACAAGGGCCCAAAGGUUUCCAGCAACGCUGCUCUGACUCUGCGCAACUUCUGGUCCUGGCAGAAGAAGUUAAAUAAACCCAACGAUAAGCACCCAGAGUACUGGGACACGGCCAUCCUGUUCACCAAGCAGGAUCUCUGCGGCGCCACAACCUGUGACACACUGGGGAUGGCUGAUGUUGGAACCAUUUGUGACCCCAAGAGAAGUUGUUCUGUCAUUGAGGAUGAUGGCUUACCCUCUGCCUUCACAACAGCCCAUGAGAGAGUCCAGCUUCAUGCCGACCACAGAGCCGGCACGCCUGGUCAGUUUGUCCAGUCUGGACGUGUCCUUCUUGGAUAUGCUGCCUCCCCAGCACACCACGGUGUAGAAGAGGACACUGGCAAUCACAGACUGGUAGAACAUCCAGAGCAGUUUGCUGCAGAUGUUAAAGGACCGCAGUCUCCUCAGGAAUGGAAGUCAGAGGAGUACAGGGUGAAGAGAAGAGGGGCCAGCACUGUGCCCUGGGGGGCUCCUGUGCUGCUGACCACAGUGUCAGACACGGUGUCCUUCAGCCUGACAUACUGCGGCCUGUUGGUGAGGAGAUCCUGGGCAUGUUCCACCUGGGGUCUGAGGAGGCCGAGGAAGAGCCACUCCAACGUCUUCAUCAGGUGUGAAGUAAGUGCCACGGGCCGAAAGUCAUUCAGCUCGCUAGGCCUGUUCUUCUUGGGCACUGGGACGAUGCAGGAUGUCUUCCAGAGGGUGGGCACUUCCCUUAGCUGCAGGCUGAGGUUGAAGAUCCGCUGUAGUGGCUCUCCCAGUUCAGUAGCGCAGGUCUUCAGCAGCCUUGGACACACCUGGUCCGGCCCUGCUGCUUUCCUGGGCUUGAGCUUCCUCAGCUGUUCUCUGACCUGGUCUGUGGUGAAGUGGGGCGGGGGUUGUGCUGAGAUCCGCUGGUUGUUCAGUGCAGACAGCUCAUCGAUCUUGUUCGGCAGCGAGUUCACAUUCCCCAUGAUUACAAUGUGGCAGGUUGUGGAUGGGACGCUGUGCUCCCCUGACACCUCAGCCGUGUGUGUUCAGGGUAUAUGCAUCAAGGCAGGCUGCGAUGGCAAGCUGGACUCUGACAAAAAGUUUGACAAAUGUGGUGUGUGUGGUGGGGACAACCAGAGCUGCAAGAAGAUCUCAGGGAUGUUCACAAAGCCUGUUAAUGGUUAUAACUUUGUGGUGACGCUGCCCACUGGAGCCUCUAAUAUUGACAUCCGCCAACGGGGAUACAGAGGAAUGGUCAGUGAUGAAAACUACCUCGCUGUGAAGAAUCGCCAUGGUAAAUACCUUCUGAAUGGCAACUAUGUAGUGUCAGCUGUAGAGCGAGACAUUCUACUUAAAGGCACCCUGCUACGCUACAGUGGCACCUCUACAUCUGUGGAGAUUCUCCAGGCCACCAGACCUCUGCAAGAACCUCUAACUGCAGAGGUGCUCGCUGUGGGGAAGAUGACUCCUCCCAGGAUCCGCUACUCCUUCUACAUGUCAAAGGAGCAUAAAGAUGAAAAGACUCUUCGGAAAGAGGAUAAAAGCCACAAGCUACAGAACAGUGUCUUGAUCGAUGGCAAAAAUACAGUAAUUAAGAAUAUGGUGAUAGGUAAGAGACUUGUUAGUCACUGGAAAACAGCAGGGUGGGAUUCAUGUACAGUUACUUGCGGAAAUGGUCUACAGAAGCGGUUGGUCCAAUGUCAGAGCACAGAAGGACGUCUUGCAACUGAUUGUGACAUUACUAAAAGGCCGGCAGCAGUAAGAGCCUGUGGGGAUCCAUGUCCAAUAUGGAACGUAGGAACCUGGUCUCAGUGCUCUAAGUCCUGUGGAAGAGGCUUUAAAAGACGUUCAGUGUGCUGCACAACUGAGAAUGGACUUAAUCUGCCAAGAAACCACUGCUCUGGAAAGAAGAAGCCUCAGGAACUGGACCUUUGCAACUUGACAUCUUGUUAGUGCCAAAGAAACUCAAGGGGUUUACUGAAAUCUUCUCAAAUUAUUGUUACAAUUCCACUGCUGUGUUAAGAGCAAGAACUCUUGAAAACAGUCAGUAUGUGAUGGGGUUUCAGAUACACCACUGUAUUGAAAGAUAUUUGUUUACUAAAGACAAAAAAUGUUAAACCCAUCUGGCACAAGUUUUGAUGUAGUCUACUGUAUUUUUUUUAUUCUGUAUUUUUACCUGAAUUAUGCUUGUGUCCGCAUGAGUGCAUUUUCAUUCCAGACAAUACAGUUUAGUGAGACAUGAGAACCCUACCUUAAAUAAUUUGUCUUAAUGGCACAGGCUGAAAUUUUAAUACCAAACAUCAGGGUUGGUGAGAUCAACCUCGCUACUUGUCAUGUUACUGGAGAACUGAUGGAACAAUCAUGUAACUGGUCCUUUCUGGUCUUUGUGCAAAUGACUGACUAGUAAAAAUACUCAAACUUAAUGUGA